AUGAAUGAGUCUUCUGGUGCGAGUAGAUUUCGCGUUAGCUCGCAAACCAGCGAUAAAGCUACUAAAGCCAAGGUUACGCUCGAAAACUAUUACAGCAACCUGUUGGUGCAGCAUAAGGAACGUCGACAGCGUUAUGAAGAUCUUGAAGGCUCGAUGUCUGCCCAGGGCCUUUCGGAAUCGCAGAAAGAAGAGAAACGUCAACGGCAUGCCUUGAAAGAGACUGAAUUUCUGCGAAUGAAGCGUUCACGCAUGAGUGUCGAUGAUUUUGAACAACUGAAGGUCAUAGGAAGAGGAGCAUUUGGUGAAGUUCGACUGGUUCAGAAAAAAGAUACCGGUCACGUCUAUGCCAUGAAGAUCUUGCGGAAGAAAGUUAUGCUGCAGAGGGAACAAGUGGCGCACGUGCGAGCGGAGCGUGAUAUUCUUGUCGAGGCGGAUCACGAAUGGGUGGUGAAGAUGCAUUACUCUUUCCAGGACUCAGUGAACCUUUACUUGGUUAUGGAAUUUCUGCCUGGCGGGGAUAUGAUGACUCUUUUAAUGAAGGAAGAUACUUUAUCAGAAGAAUGCGCCCAGUUUUACAUCGCGGAAACCGCGCUGGCGAUCGAGUCAAUUCACGAACUGGGUUUCAUCCAUCGGGAUGUAAAACCAGACAACCUCUUACUUGAUGCUCGUGGACACAUAAAGCUGUCAGAUUUUGGACUAUGCACUGGAUUGAAGAAAUCUCACCGCACUAAUUUUUACCGGAAUCUCUCUCAAGCCACUCCGACGGAUUUCUCAUCUAAUCCAAUGGAUAGCAAGCGGCGUGCGGAAUCGUGGAAACGAAAUCGUCGUGCCUUGGCCUAUUCGACUGUUGGAACUCCUGACUACAUUGCACCAGAAGUGUUCAUGCAAACGGGCUAUUCGUCAGCUUGCGACUGGUGGAGCCUUGGUAUCAUCAUGUACGAGAUGCUCAUUGGUUAUCCGCCAUUUUGUAGUGAAAAGCCGCAAGACACGUACAGAAAAGUGAUGAAUUGGAGACAGACUUUGACAUUCCCCCCGGAGAUACCAAUAUCCCAAGAAGCCGAGGACUGCGUGCGAAGAUUCUGCAUGGAGGCUGAGCGUCGUUUGGGAACUCAUCACGGUGUCGUAGAUUUGAAAUCACAUCCGUAUUUUUUCGGCGUAGAUUGGGACCACAUUCGGGAGCGCCCAGCUGCGAUUAAAGUAACUGUGAAAUCGAUCGACGACACGUCAAAUUUCGACGAGUUUCCAGACGUAGAUUUGAAAAUACCCUUGGAUACAUGUGAGGAGGAAGACGUUGAAACUUGUGCCAAUGACUGGGUGUUUAACAACUACACAUUCAAGCGAUUCGAUGGACUCCCGCCAUUGGGUGUUCCAGCUGCUUCUAAGCCCUAA